UUGAUAAAGAAGACGUUAUCGGACUAUUUGGAAAAUUUUUUCUAGUAGUGUCCGUGAAAAUUGUAUAUUGACGUAAGGUAAGUUGAUAAAAAGGUAUGCCAAUUGCACUUGACACCUCAGUUGGUGCUAAGUAGUGCAAUGGGUAAGAUUUCGGGGUGUAUUUUAGCCACUCUUGUGGCAACGGUAUUGAGUGUGCCGGUGAAGAAUUCUCCCGAGGUGGUGUCAGUGCCAUAUAGUUCUUGCAUAUACGGAGAACAUGAUCCCAAUUGUCGCUACGUGCCAAUUGUACCACCGAGUCACAGACCAACUCAUCCCAUGGAUGAUCCCAAUUGGAUUCCACCCACGGGACACCCACAUGAAUUGUACAAAGAAUAUUGGCUACAAACAGGUCAAGAAUUGCUACAAAAGCAGCUGAAUAAGAAUCAUCUUAACAAAAAUAUCGCCAAAAAUGUAAUCAUUGUGAUUGGCGAUGGGAUGUCAAUACCUACGCAGGCAGCAACUCGGGUCUACAUGGGAGACGAGAAUGUUGAGCUUUCAUUUGAGAAAUUCCCCUAUGCUGGCCUCUCAAAGACGUAUUGCGUGAAUUAUCAAGUGUCUGAUUCAGCGUGCACAGGAACAGCCUUUCUAGCCGGCAUAAAAAACAACUAUGGUACUCUGGGGGUUAGUGCGGCCGUGCCAUUGAGGAAUUGUUCAGCACAGCAUGACGAGAGGCACCAUAUUGACUCCAUUUUCAAGUGGGCUCAGAAUGCCGGCAAAGCGACGGGUAUUGUGACGAAUACGAGGAUCACCCAUGCCACUCCAGCAACUGCGUACGCCAGGUCGGCUGAUCGUGAGUGGGAAAGUACAGCACCGGAAGGAUGUGACGACGUCGCCAAGCAACUCAUUCAUGGGGAUGUUGGCAGCAAGAUUAAGGUGAUACUAGGUGGGGGCUGGAGGGAGUUUGUACCAAAAUCAGUGGCCGAUUCCGAGGGGAAUAGUGGCUUCCGGACAGACAAUAGGAAUUUGAUUGAGGAAUGGCUGAACCUUAGGCGACAAAAUAAUGCAAAUGGUGUUUAUGUUACCACAAGGGAUGAAUUAUUAAAUGUCGACGUGGAGGAAACUGAUUACUUGUUCGGAUUGUUUGAACACUCCCACAUGUCGUACGCACUGCUGGCGAAUAAAUCAAAAGAACCAAGCCUGGAAGAGAUGAGCCAGAGAGCUGUAGAGAUGCUGAGAAAGUAUCCCAAUGGAUAUGUCCUUCUUGUUGAAGGGGGACGAAUUGAUCAUGCCCAUCAUCAAACUUGGGCUAGAUUGUCACUGCCAGAAACAGUGGAAUUUCACAAAACUGUGGAGAAACUCGAAGCACUAACAAAUGAGGAGGAUACCCUGAUUGUGGUCACAGCUGAUCAUUCCCAUACAAUGACAAUUGGAGGAUAUCCGCCCCGGGGAACCGAUAUUCUAUCGAAGGGGGACUUUUCCCGAGAGGACGCAAAACCCUUUUUCACACUCAACUAUGCCAAUGGAUUGGGAUUUUUCGAUCAUUUCUACAAGACAGGUGGACGGAGAAAUCCCCUUGGAAUGCCCUACAGAGACGCACUGUUCCGACAUCCUGCCACCGUGCCCCUCGACUAUGAAACUCAUGGUGGUGACGAUGUGGGUGUUUUCGCUAUUGGGCCUUGGGCACAUCUGUUCACUGGAACUUAUGAGCAACACCUCAUAGCUCACGCUAUGAUGUAUGCCUCCUGUCUGGGUGACGGACUCAAGGCGGAUCAGUGUAAUGAUGCAUCAGGAUUAAGUAUAUCUCUGGCAAUUCUCUUGACCUCGUUAUCUGCUGCACUAAUCCGAUGCUUGAAAUUGUGAAAAUGAAAAUGAGGAAAUAUGUGGAAAUGCAAUAAAAUUUGUACAUUUUCUGUGUCUCACGAGGCAUUACUCUACAUAUAAAUAUAUAUUAUAUACUCAUCAUACCCAGUGUGCAUUAUUUGUAAUACAAUUUUGAAAGAAAGAUAACAAUGUUCUUAAGGAAUAAACUUCAUUUGUAUCAUA